AUGUUCCCGAGCGUCCGAUGUCCCAACCUGCCGCGCAAGCAACCGCGUUCCCCCCUGCCUCCAGGCACUGCGCCUUUUGAUCCAGCCCUAGUGCGAAACCUCCUGACAGAGUACACCUGUCACUGGCGGAAUAACAAAUGGCGUGACUUUGGCCUGCAGACUCCCGACGAGGAGACCACUGUUUCGAAAAGCAAAUCCGUCGACGACGCGCAACUGCCGCCCCAACGCUACUCGCUCGCGGCCCGCAUUUUCUUCAACACCCCCUGCAAAAAACGUCUCGAACUGCUGGAGAUGUGGGCCAAGGAAGGUGUGCCCAAGUUUAACUUGCUUCAAGGGUAG